AUUUCGUCACCGCACGUAUUGGUGUCCUCGGUGGAGAAAUGAAAAGUUUGUCCACUGUCUUCUAUGUGUCUCGAGUCGUUGUUUUAACAAACUGUCUGACGGAGUUUUGGGAACUUUUCAUGUUUUUUGUUGUUUUAGUCGGAACCGUUUAACGGAGACACGGAGUUCCUUCCUGCUGACUGUACCCCGUGAACUCCUCCUACUGUAAACAUAGCGGAAACUAACUUUAUUCGCUCUUAUCUGAAUGUGACAGAGCCCCAACUUCUGCUCGGCUUCAGCCCUCAGUUCUAUCUGGGUCAUAUGACCCAGAAAUUUUUUAACUUUUCACCCGAAAUUGACUAAGAUGGAUCGUGAGAGCAGCUAACAGUCGGUCUGUGGAGAACCGGGGGAAACAGCCGAAGUUUAUCGCCCUUGUUGAAGCCAGAUUUGCAGGUUUAGCUCGUUUCUCCCGGAGCCGCUCGGCCAGGAUGACCGGAGACUCGUCUGUGAACUUCAACGUCCUCAACCGGAUCUGCAAGCUGGUGGUGGUCCUCUGCUUCCUUCACAUCGCCGUCAUUUUUGUCUUUUACGUCCGCUCCAUGGACUCCCCGUUCGGCUUCCGGAGCCAGCAUUCAACUAGAAAUGACACGAAGCGGCAGGAGGCCGCGGUGGAGCCCGCGGAGCAGGCGGAGCAGGCGACAGAGAUCAAGCUGGAGAAAUGUCCGGAGACGUCACCCCUACUGGUGGGUCCUCUGCGGGUUGAGUUUAACACCCACGUGAGCCUGGACCAGAUUAAAAAGGACAACCCCAACGUCCAGCUGGGGGGUCGGUACCAACCCAAAGACUGUGAGGCGCUCCAGAAGGUGGCCAUCAUCAUCCCGUUCCGUAAUCGGGACGAACACCUGAAGUUUUGGCUCCACUACCUCCACCCGAUCCUGCAGAGACAGCAGCUGGACUACGGAGUCUACAUCAUCAACCAGGAGGGGGAUGAGACCUUCAACCGGGCCAAACUUCUGAAUGUGGGCUAUGUGGAGGCUCUGAAGGAGUAUGACUACGACUGCUUCGUGUUCAGUGACGUGGACCUGAUCCCCAUGGACGACCGGAACAUCUACAGGUGCUUCCAGCAGCCGCGCCACCUGUCCGUGUCCAUGGAUAAGUUUGGCUACAGGUUACCGUACAAUCAGUACUUUGGAGGCGUGUCCUCGAUGAGUAAAGACCAGUACCUGAAGAUCAACGGCUUCCCCAACAACUACUGGGGCUGGGGGGGCGAGGAUGACGACAUCUACAACAGGUUGUCCUUCAGAGGGAUGUCCAUCUCCAGACCCGACGGGGAGGUCGGGAAGUGUCGCAUGAUCAGACACGACCGGGACAGACAGAACGAUCCCAACCCUCAGAGGUUUGACCGGAUCGCUCACACCAGGGAUACGAUGGACAAAGAUGGGCUCAACACUCUGACCUACCAGCUGGUCUCUGUGGAGAAACUGGACCUGUACACCAAGAUCACAGUGAAUGUGGGGAAGCCUUAAAGUGGUCCCGGUAGAACCGGAGCUGGAACCAUGCAGUACAAACCACAUGCUGCCUCUGACACUUGAAGCUUUAAGUUCUGGUUCUGGUCUGCUUGGACCGGACCUGCUGGUUUUUGCACAGACUGAUCUUUUAUGGGUUUUUUUUUUUAGUGGGCCAACUCUGUUCUGAUUGGUGAGCUGGAACCAGUCAGUUGCUUUAUUUAAAAAUUAGGAUGAAUCGGACCGGGCCUGCAGGAUAGGUUCUUCAGUUGUGGUGGUGUUGGGGGUGGUGGGUAAACAGGUGGAGGGGGCUUAGAUCUGGUUCUGGUUCAGUUGGGAACAAGAGGUUUGGUACCAGCAGCUCUUGGAUUUCUGACCAAUCCUGUCAGAGCUGGCCGAACUGUCUGACGAGCUGAUUGGACGUAACCUGGUUCUGACCUGGAGAGUUCUGAAUGUUGGACCGAACCUGGUUUUCAGCCUCAUCUCACAGCACCGAGUGUCAUGCACAGAGUGGGACCGACUCGGGCCUGAAGACGUUCCUGGCCCCAGUCCUGGUACUGGUCCUGGUUCUGGUCCACUGUGGAAGUUGGAGCAGUCUUGAGUGAGGUGGAUCGGAACUUGUCCUGGACCGCACCCCGCAACUGUUUGGUUCUACAGAAGGCAGGUGUGGGAAUGGACUGUUUCGAUGACAACCCUCGUGUUAGUGUAAGCUUGAUUAUAACUAGUGAACAUCGGAACAUGGAUCAGAUCAUUAAUCUGAUUAUUGAUCCGAUUGCUUCAGUUCAAUAGUUGUGAUCAGUCAGCUGUUGCUGGCUCCGCCCCCUACAUGAACACUUGAGUAGACCCACAGCUGAUGGUUAAACCAAAGGACAAAUCUGGAUGUGUUAGUCUCCAUGACAACUGAACAAACUCCACCUCCAGAGGAAGUUGUGAGGCAGUGGUUACCAUGGAAACAACCAGCUCAAGCUUAUUAGUUUCAGUUAACCAGAUCAGGGAUUUUACAAGAACCGGGUCAGGGACUGUACCAGAACCAGUUAAAGUGAGAACCUGCGGACAAGAUCCAGAUCAGGACCAGGUCUAAACUCUAUCCUGUUACAGUGAUUGAAAAUCAGUUCUGAUCAGUGAUCAGCUGUUUGAUCACCUGUGAUUAUUAAUGAAUGUGCUGAUUAAUCGAUUGAUCCAUUUGUGGAGGCAGUAAAAGCUGCUUGAUCAAUUCAACCAAAUAAUCAAGAACUUGAUCAGGAAAAUGUAGUAACUGACUGAUUAUUGAUUAUCUAAGUGUCCUUACUGCAGCUGUUGGUACCAAAGACUUUAUUGAUCCUGUGAAUGAGGUCACCUUACAGCUGGACGAGCUUGUCGGAUUAUUGACAGCAGAUAGUGAUCAGUGUGUGUAUGUGUGUGUUUUGGCUGUUUGUUGGUACAUGUAUGUUUGUUUGUGUACAGCAGACCAAAACUUGUGUGUGUGAAACAAUCACCUGUAAAGUGCCUUAAAUUGAACCGGUGUGAUGCUGGACUGGAUAAACUGGUGAACUGGUGAAGGGAACCAGUGUGUGGUGAUGAUAAAUAAAAGAACUGAACUUG